CCCCAUUUGUCAUUAGAAAAUUACGAAAUAGCUUUAAUCACUUCGGCCAAAUCCAGUAUCAUUUUGAUUACCCAGAUUUCUUUUGAGCUCCACAGAAUUGAUUCCUGAAGACCAUAAUCCAAUCUUUACUGCAACAAUGGGAAGCAUUGAACCACAGGGAGCACAGAGGUACGCGGUGGUUACCGGAGCAAACAAGGGUAUUGGGUACGAGCUAGUGAGGCAACUGGCGUGCCGUGGCGUGGUGGUGGUGCUGACGGCGAGAGAUGAGAAAAGGGGAAGGGAGGCCACAGCCAAGCUCCAUCAUGAACAUCAUCUUCAUGCCAACAUACUCUUCCAUCAGCUUGAUGUCACAGAUACACUCAGUGUUCAAUCUUUGACAAAUUUCAUACGUGAUACCUUUGGCAGGCUUGAUAUCUUGGUUAAUAAUGCUGGAGCUAGUGGAGUUUUGGUCAAUGAGCAAGAACUCAAAGCCCUGAACAUUGAUCCCACCAUUUGGCUUUCAGGUCAAGCAGUCGAUAGAGUUCAAGGUGCUAUAAAACAAACUUACGAUAAGGCUGAGGAAUGCUUGAACACUAAUUACUAUGGUGUCAAAAGAGUGACAGAGGCACUUCUCCCACUCUUGAAACUCUCUAGUGAAGGAGCAAGGAUUGUCAAUGUCUCCUCUCUCAGGAGUGAACUAAAGAGGAUUCCAAGUGAAAAGAUAAGAAAUGAGCUUGGAAAUGUUGAAGCAUUGACUGAGGAGAAAGUGGAUGCAGUGGUGAAAAGAUUUCUGCAUGAUUUCAAAGAAAAUUCACUUGAAGCCAAAGGAUGGACAAUGAUGCUGCCUUCAUAUAGCAUUUCAAAACAAUCCCUGAAUGCCUACACAAGAGUCCUGGCCAAAAUGUAUCCCAAAAUGUAUAUCAAUUGUGUGCAUCCCGGUUUUGUUAACACCGAUCUCAACUGGCAUACCGGAACAAUGACUGUGCAAGAGGGAGCUGCAGGUCCUCUGAAGUUGGCUCUUCUACCAGAUGGAGGACCUACAGGCUGCUAUUUCGAUCAAACACAAGUCGCAGAUUUCUGAUAUAUUAGCAUGUUAUACAAAAAUAAUAAUGAUAUGUUUUAGUUUUUGUGUUGGUGACAA